UUGGAAAAUUUGCAGCCUGAGAUUAAAAAACUAGCUGAGCGUCUUCGCUAUGAAGUUUCUGUUCGUGGAAAGCAACUGGGUUGGUCUGAAAAGGUGGCCAGGUUCCAUUUUAAGAAAAACCUCCGGAGGAUUGUUACGGAGCUGUACGUUCGAGACAACUGCCAUCCCUUCAGAGCCACUUUACUGGUGUGGGUGCAGAUUCCCAUGUGGGUUUGCGUGUCCCUCGCUUUGCGCAACUGCAGCGUUGGGGCCACGGACUCGGAAGGAGGUAUUCACAUUCAAGAAGAGUUUUCAGCAGGUGGAACGUUGUGGUUUACAGACCUCACAGCACCAGAUUCUACGUGGAUUUUGCCGGUUUCGCUUGGGCUGGUGAAUUUGCUGAUAGUGGAGAUCUUUGCUUCACAAAAAACGCAGGUUUCCAGGUUCCAGAAGCUUGCUACGAAUUUCUUUCGAGUGGUGUCAGUAAUAAUGAUCCCUGUUGCAGCAACAGUCCCGUCUUCCAUGGCGCUGUACUGGCUGUCCUCGAGCUUCAUGGGACUGUCACACAACCUGUUGCUGCGUUCUCCGACCUUCCGUCGCCUGUGUUGCAUACCAAAGACCAAAUCUGACUCGGACACUCCUUACAGGGAUAUUUUGUCUGCCUUGAGUACCAAAUACGGUUUUAAGAAAUGA